AUGGUCCUCACCCACACCACCAACCACACCUACGCCCAUCCCUUCCCCGCCGUCUCGCUCGCUUUCUUCCUCCGCUACUGCUCCCCCCAGCUCAACCCCUUUGCCUCUCAUGUCCUCAGCACCGACACCAUCGACUCCCACAUCGACCCUGCCACCGGCCGCCUCCACACAACCCGCAUCCACCUCAAGAAGUCCCGCAUGCCCCCCGCCGUCAUGAAGCUCCUCCCUACCACCCUCACAGGCGGGACCGCCUCCCAGGCCUCGUACAUCCUCGAGACUUCUGUGGUGGAUAUGCGCGAAGGCUGGAUGUCCACCGAGUCUCGCAACCUCAACUUCGUCGGCGUGCUGUCGGUAGUCGAAAGACAAAUGUACAGCAUUCCCAAGACGAGAACUCUGGACAACACCGAGGUGGAAACCAAGGUUGUGUUCAGAUCCAGGUUGGGAGAGAAGCUCCGGGACAAGUUGUCGCAUCAGAACCUGUCUACCACUGCCCAGGAGGGCGGGUUCUUCGCCAGGCUGGGAGCGAGGGGUAUCCAGAGGAGCAUUGAAACGCUGGCUUCGACAAAGACGCAGGAUCAAUUGGGGAAGAGCAGAGAGGGCAUGAAGAUGAUUCUGGAGAGGUUGAGGCAGACAGGGAUCAUUGGUGUGCUAGAGCUGAGGCGGGCCGCGAGAGAGCGGAGUAUGGCUGCUGCUUGA